AUGAAGCUGUUGUUUUUAAUUCUCUUGUCUGGAAUUAUUUGUUCAUUUGCACAAGAUUUAAAUACAAAUGGAAUUUGGGUUCCAUGGAGCACUUCUCAAGAUGGUGUGCCUGAUCAUGCAGUUGUUGGCGGUAAGGAUAAGAAUGGACUGAUGUAUGUGAUCAGAGCUGAACAUUAUCAUAUUGAUGAAAAAAAAAAUUUUACUGAAUCAUUCCGUGGAAAAGUUGUUGGACGUUAUUCACCUGAUAUUAAGUUUGCUGCUGUUCCUUACUUUAAUUUGGAGUAUCAGAAGGAGAAUUUUGAGGUCCUAACCCACACAAACUACGAAUGGAAAACAACCAAUGUCCAUAAAGUCUUCAUCCCCGGUGGCUAUGACAGCUUAAAUGAUCCAAUUUACAUUUGCAGAGUUGCUCACAAAAAGUUUAUUAUUCCUGGAAAAAUUCAUAUUGGAAGCUGCUGGAUAUCAUUUGAUGGAUUUGAGCAUCAAUAUAGGAAUUGGGAAACUUUGGUUAAAAAGAAUGAAUAA